AUGUGUUCCUCUAGAUCAGACCAAUCCCAGCACCAUGAACAGAGCAGGUCCUUUGAAAAAAGCCCCAGGAAAGAUAGCCAGAAAUCAGAGAAGAACUCCAAGGCUUUCAAGGAUAUUUCCAAAUACUUCUCUAAGAAAGAAUGGGCAGAUCUGGGUUACUCAGAGAAAACCACCUAUGUGUAUGUGAAGAGAAACUAUGACAUCAUGACUGAUCUAGGUCUCAAGGCUACCCUACCAACUUUCAUGUGUCCUAAAAAACGAGCCACAAAAUCCAACGAGCAUGAUUCUAAAGAUCAGAACCCCAGGAAUCAGUAUGUACCUGCUCAGGAGGCUUCCAACAUGAGAGAGAGAAAACACCUGAAGAUGCCCAGUCUCACAACAGGAAGUACCAGCUCCCGUCUGCUCAGUCGAAGGGCCCCUUUCACAUUGCUUGGGAAUCGCCUGGACUGUUGGCCCCUCCCUUCUGUGAGCUCCUUCGGGGCCUUGUCUGCACCUGAGGCAUCUCUGAAGCCUCAGUCCCAGCCCAGGGGGACCCUUAGAGGGUUCUUGGAUAAGUUCUUCCACAAUUGCAGAUUAAACUCUAAUUUAGAGGGUAAAGGGAUCUGGCGGGUGAUGCCCAAGAAGUCCAAAAAGAAAAAAAAUCCUUCGAAGUUAGUACCAGUAACAUCAGGCUCAGAGCAGGCUCAGAAACAGCUGUGCCCCCCGGGAAAAGCAAAUACCUCUGGUCAGCAGAAAACAUCAGGACCCAGGAAAAGGGAGAUUAAUGUCUGGACCCACAGACUGCGGGAAAGAAAGAAGUUGGUGGUCUAUGAAGAGAUCAGUGAUCCUGAGGAAGACGACUAA